AUGUCGAUUCCCUGGCCCAGGGGAGAGUCCUGGUCAAACAGACUGCCAGAGCACGCUACCCAACUAGCGAAGCACCUUCAAGCGGCGGCGCGAUUCGUACAUAGCACGCCUGGCAGCACCGUUGAACUAGACCCAGUGAAAUCGAUAAUCUUCGCGGCCCUCAACUUCGUGACAAAGGUACAGCAAGCCCCGGAUCUUAUCCAUGUCCACGACGCAGUCUGUGCUAUCCAAGCGCAGCUCCGAACAGGAGCAGAAGACUCAGCGAAAGAGCUAGCGGUGAUAAAAGAGGGAAUAUGCGGCCUCACUGCAGAAGCCCAAAAGACAGCAAUCAUCAGCGAAGAGGCAAAAGCAGCGGCCCUUGAAGCAGCGGCGAUUAGCAAGGCCACGGUGGACAUCGCGAAGGACAUUAAGAACAAAGGAAUACGACCCCGGGAGGGGACGCCUAUGAGCUAUGCUGCGGCGGCGGCCAGAGGCGCCUACAGCGUGCAGAUGCAUGAGCAAAGGAUGCCUCCCGCCGCGCCGACCCAGCGGGAGAUCAUAGUAAACAUCAAGGAUAGCCACACGAUCGAACGCUUGCGAGCGAUGAACCCGCGGACCCUUAAAACACACGUCAACCAAGCGAUUACCCAAAGCGAGAAUGAACACAUCACCGGCAUCACCAUAAUGUCAGCCAACCAGUUGAAGAGCGGGGACCUCAGUAUCCGAACAACAACAGGCAAGGAGACGCAGCUCCUGCGACAGUUCACAGACGACUGGGUAGCACGAGUUGGUAGCGGGUCCUCGGUCAGGAACCCGACUUACGGCGUCUUAGUACACGGCAUACGGGUCAGCACAGUCGACAUGGACAAACAGGAAGAUAUGAGAAACGCCAUUCUACAAGACAAUAAACCCUUUAUCCCAAACGCAGAGAUCAAGUACAUUGGGUGGCUUACCCGGCGGGCACCAAGUAAAGCGAUGUCGUCAAUCAUCGUAGAAUUCACGAGGCCUGAGGACGCCAACAAGAUUAUCGAUGAGGGCCUAGUGUGGCAAGGAGAGAUGUGCCAGAGUGAGCGCUAUGAACGGCAGUGCCGCCUGAAGCAGUGUUUCAAGUGUCAGGCAUAUGGCCACAUAGGAACCCAAUGCAAAGCAGCAAAGACAUGUGGCUACUGCGCGCUAGAACACGAUUCUAGGGACUGCCCAUCCAAAGGAGACCGGGACGCCCCUAGGAAAUGCGCAGCAUGCCACGGCGCGCACGAGGCGUGGAACCGCCUGUGCCCGAGCAGGAAAAACGAGCUGGCCAAGGUAAGGGUGGCCUAUGCAAGUAGGCCGCGAUACCACGCGGUCGCACCAGCGACGGGAAGCGACACGCCAGCUGCUGUCGCGGGCCCCCCACUGCGGAGGACAAGGUCAACACGGGACAUGAAAACGACCCACGCCUCCGCCAGAGGCCAGAAGAGGGCGGCGCCGGAGGGAAAAGAAAACGAGGAGUCAAAUCAGCGACCGCAGAGGCCACCAAAGCCUAGCAGGAAAGCGCUGGAGAUGAUAGACCUAGACACCACAACACGCCGCAGCACCCAAAAUAUGGACCUCGACAGCGACAGCGAUCAAUGA